AUGGGAAGUCCCAGUCAUUCCCUAACAAUGGGAUGGGAAAUGCUCCAUACUCUCCGUGUUGUUGAGCCUACCCAGGUAAACUCUCCGGAUGAUGAUGACGAUGCUGAAGGAGAGGUGAAAUUAUACCGUGGUUGGAACCCGCUAUCUCAUGAUUCCCCAUGUAGGAAGGGCUUCACAAAUUCUCGGGGUAUCAACCAACUGUUCAUUGACAAUUGGUUGUCAUUGUUCGAGAUGACCUCGAUUGUCCGGGAGAAUCCGUCAACCGAUGAGGGCAUCCGAGGGACUCCCGCGGUACACCAGUGGAAGAAAGUUGCCGAGGACCAUUGA